CCCUAUACACUGUAUUUAUAGCUAAGACAUUACUUAUUAUGAUAAUUAAUGAUUAAGGUACAAUUUGAUGUAUUUGAACUCCGUUUUAAAAGGUGUAUUUGGGUCAUGUUUUAUGUGAUUAUUUAAUACCGUGUAUAUCAAUAUAGUAAAACGAAAGUGGGCUGAACUUUGUUUAUUUUGUAUUUGGCAAACAGCUAGGAUUUGUUAACCUUAUAUAACGUUAAUAUUUAAGCGCAUCGGUUGUCUGAUAGUCAGGUUCGUGGUUCAAAUCUACGAUAAGAUGUUUGGUUAUGUCAUAUUCCACAAAAAAUAUGUUUUAUAUAUAGAGCUCUUAUCAAAAAAUGAUUUAGUUUCCUUGUGGAUCUUGGGCGAACGAUAAACAUGCAAGAUAAUAACAUGCAAGAUUCUCUACAUGAUUCAUGUUCAUCAUUAAAAUCAACUAUGUAUGUGGUCAAAACUUUAAUGGCUUGAUUAUUUAUCAUAAGGUAUAAAUAAAAAUAAUUUUAUAAAAAGAAAUCGGACUCGAUACGGCAGAUUGUCUCGAUGUACUAGCAUUGUCUGAAACCGCUACACCACAACGACUGACGUUUAUAUGUCCAAUUGUAUUAACCGGCAUUUGCAUCAAUCUCAUAUUGAUCCAAUACAGUUGAAAAAACAACAACAAAAGGUACUAAUAUAUUGAUAAACGUUAUUGACCAUGAAUUGUGAUCUUAUCAGCUGAACUUAUUUAACCUUGCCUGGUAUACAAUUAUUAAACGAUCAGAAAUAUCAGACUGUAAUUGCAUGUCGUUUUGCCUAUUGAAUAAGUUUGCAAAGGUUUUCCUCAAUUUAUGAUAUAUGAAACCUUGCUUAAGCAAUGGUUAAUUAAGUAUAGAGAAGAAACCCUACACCCAUAUAACCUGACCUGCAAGAUCAGUUUAACGACAAGGAAAUAAACUUUAUUGCAUGCAUGUUUAAGCCACACUUGCGAAUGUACAUGCUUAUGUCUUUAGUAUAGAAUUGACAUUUGUUAAGCAUCGUCGAAAGUUACGGUACUUUCUUCCGUUACAGUUCAUACAAAUCGUUUAAAUCAACUGAAAAUAUCUUUUAAACAAUGAAUACAUGUAUGCAUGAGGCAGGGAAUACAACUUUUCUUCUAAUAAAAUCGUAUGUUAAAAUUAAAUGCAUGAAUUCUUCAGUAACUCUGUAUUGUCAGUUUUCUCCGCAGGUGAGUGGUCUACGUACUGUUUUUCAUUUUCUAGCGAUCAGGCGCAGUUAAAUUCGAGCUUUCGCCCGGAUAUUUUCUGAGCCAAAUCGCACACGGUGCACAACGAACGAUAGCGCACUUGUGUAUCGGGGUUAUCAAACGAUGUUGUAAAGAUAAUUUGUUUGGAUAAUAUAAUUUUCUGCCCAACGUUUAUUUGAUAGUGAAAUUCAAAUAUAUUAUUAUUUCCAUAUAGUUUAUACUUAUUUAGUUUUAAUCAGAUGAUAGCUGAUCGAAUCAGACUCUAGUCUAAUACCUUGGUUGAAACCAAUACUGAAUUUUAAGAGGCCAUGAGAAAGUUUCCCGCGGAGAUCGAUAUGUAACUUGUUAGGUGAUAGCCGGACACCUAAACCAAAAGAACAUUUUCACCAUACAGUUAUGGCCUGCUUUAAUAGAAUGGAAUGAAUUAGAAAACAAGAAAUGUUACAAAGACACUCAGAUGCAAUCAGUCGUUACUGUGAGAUCCUUUAACGGUAAUGAUAAAGGCUGAAAAGCCAAAUCUGUGGUCGUCUGUGUGUUGCGUAUGUUAUUUAGAAAUACGAUCGUCCUAUUAAUGAAACUAGCAAGAACCUUAUUGAGCACGAUAUUGUAUACAAUAUCUGUGUGUUUUUUUAAUUAAGUCUACUAUAAUAUGGAUAAAGGUAAAACAAAACAUGUAAAUGGUUACAAUUCGUUCAUUAAGGCCGGUUUACAACACAGAUCAUUCAUACAUCUGAUAUAUCGAAACUAUAAAAAUCGACGGUUACACCAAUUAGUUGGUGUAUGGACUAAUUUAUCGGACGAUAAUGGUUCUCUCUUCAAAUGUUCGCCUGAUUACAUCCAUAGAGCGAUUGGUCACUGACUAUAUGUUGAAUUAUUAAUUGACUGACAAGUUUCGUUAUUUCAUGGAUUUGGUAAAAAUUGCAACUUAGUAACCACGCCUAUUGAAAUUGCUUUAGUGGCUAUUAAUUCCAAGGGCACAGAGCUAACACGCAAUUGUAUUGUUUAAAUUUCACCCAACAACAAUUCACCCGGACUACUUGUGUCACUAGUUUGUCCGAUGGAGGUGUCUGGAAGACGAAUGCGCUCUGAAUUAGACCUAGCAUCCGACGAAGAUUGCCAUCCGUGCCAGCCAUGUCAAUAUUCAGGAAAACAGACGGUCUCAAAGGGCUUUUGCAAGGAAUGCGAGGAAUACGUUUGUGGACAAUGUAUUAAGUACCACCAAAGUCUGAAAGCAACAAGAGGUCAUACUAUUUUGGCAGUAGAUGAAGAUUUUAAACCUCAAGGACAAACCCAAUUCAAAAAUUGGAGAGUAAACUGUGAAAAACAUGCAGAAGAGAAAGUAAAGUUUUUUUGCCCAAAUCAUUCAAGGCUUGGAUGCAACGUUUGCAUGGUUUUAGAGCAUAAAACCUGUGACGUAGCCUAUAUUCCGAACGUUGCUAAGGAUUUUCGGGCAAGCGACGCUUUCCGCAAUUUUUCAACUCAACUAUCGGAAUUCGAAACUGAUGUUGAAACACUAAGGCACACACUGAUCAAGAAUGAGAAGAACGUAGAAGCUUUCGCUUUGAAGGAAAUAGAAAAUCUGAAAAGGUUCCGAGAUGAGAUCAAUGCUAUUAUUGAUGAAAAGGAAUUUACUUUGCUAGAUAGGAUAAACACUUUUAAAAAGAAGGAUGAGCACAUGUUGGAACAUUCAAAGCAAUGUUUACAAACGAUUCGGUCAGAUUAUGAAACACUGCAGAAGAUGUUUCAUGACGAGCCAAAGGAUGACAUCAAGUUGUUUGUAUCUUGCCAUCUAGUACAGCAAAAACUCGAGAUGCUGCAAAAUCAACUGCAAAACAUUUCCUUAGAGAGCAAAGAGAUUCAGGAAUAUCAAUUCAAUAAAGAUGAAGAUUUGUUAACUUUAUUAAAGUCACCGACUGCAUAUGGAACAAUAGCGUUAAAGACGGAGGGUAUUAAUCGAGAUAGGCAGGAACAUUUGCUGAACAAUAUAAAGCAAGGACUUGAUUCUGUCUUAUUGCUCGAAGAAAAGGCAAAAAUAAAGCAUGGUGCUACUUGUGACGGAUGCAAUAUGCAAAUUGUCGGACUACGUUACAACUGUAUAACUUGCCUGGAUUAUGAUUUGUGUCAGGCGUGCUUUGACAAAGCAGUACAUAUUGGACAUGAUAUGAAGCAAAUUUCCUACCAAAGCCAUGGUAUGGGACGUAGCCUUACCGGCAACUUUGUGCAUCGAGGGCUUCAUUGUGAUGGUUGCAACGCAACACCAAUUAUUGGAACUCGUUACAAAUGCAUGUCGUGUUACGAAUACGAUUUGUGUGAUGGUUGCAUGAGUAAACGAGUUCACCCUAACCACAGCUUCAAAAGGAUCACAGGACUCGAAAACCUUAAUACGCUACAACAAUCAGAGUUUAUGGGACUGGGUAUUUCCCAUUCGGCUUCAACACAGAAAAGAGGACUUGAUUCUGUCUUAUUGCUCGAAGAAAAGGCAAAAAUAAAGCAUGGUGCUACUUGUGACGGAUGCAAUAUGCAAAUUGUCGGACUACGUUACAACUGUAUAACUUGCCCGGAUUAUGAUUUGUGUCAGGCGUGCUUUGACAAAGCAGUACAUAUUGGACAUGAUAUGAAGCAAAUUUCCUACCAAAGCCAUGGCAACUUUGUGCAUCGAGGGCUUCAUUGUGAUGGUUGCAACGCAACACCAAUUAUUGGAACUCGUUACAAAUGCAUGUCGUGUUACGAAUACGAUUUGUGUGAUGGUUGCAUGAGUAAACGAGUUCACCCUAACCACAGCUUCAAAAGGAUCACAGGACUCGAAAACCUUAAUACGCUACAACAAUCAGAGUUUAUGGGACUGGGUAUUUCCCAUUCGGCUUCAACACAGAAAAGAGGUGGAAGACCAUAGUUUUCCUACUGAAGUUGUCAAAGAGAUCAUGUAGGAUCUAAAAUAUUUGCAAGCCACUUAAUUGUGUCGGGUCAAUAUAAAAUGAAUCUGCUUCCAUCAAUUGAAUCCUUACUGUAUUUUUUGUUAUCCUCCAUAUUGCAAAACAUCAACGAACCUAGAUUACUUCAAACAUGUAUUAUGAUUGUUUUGAAUUAUUUUGCCUGUUUGUUUGUUUUGAUCAUUUUGUUCAAUUUGAAAUUUUCUUCAGUUGCGUUUAAUUGACACAAACUGUGUUUAAAUCAUUGAAAUAAGUUUUCUAAAGAAGACAAUUGUAUUUGCUAAAUUGUACCGUAUUUGUGAAAUGUGAAACUGAAAGUUGUUACAUUAUAAUGUUCUUAGUCAUUUAUUGUGAUGCCUAACGAACAAUUACCAGCAAAGUUAGUUGCUUAAUUACACUUUAUAACUAGUAUAAUCAGGUGUGUGUGUGGUGGGGGGGGGGGGGGUCAAUUCAGCACGCAUACUGCGAAACAAUAAGUAAAAUGCCUAAUGAUCAAGAAUAAUUCAUUAAGAUGGCCACGUCUAAAUUUUGCUCUGAGCUCUUAGCAUAGUUUUAUGGAUUUUCGCUGUCGGAUGCCCAGUUUGGUUUUCGAAAGGCGAAACUUAAUAUUCUAUACUUGCAUCUGCACAGUACGUUUUGUAUGACUGAAUAUUUUAAUUUAUUAUAUAACAAAACUAAUAGAAAAUACCUCACUUAAUUACGUGUAUCAGCCCACAGGUUACGUUUUGAAACUGGUAGGUACGGACAAAACAGACUGCCAAGAAAUAAAAGAUUAUGUUUAUUAUGUCAAAUACAGGAAAUUGAGGAUGAAUUUCAUUUUGUUAUAAGAUGUAAUUGUUUCAAUGACCUCCGUUCAUUUUUUAAUUAAAAGUAUUUUUUAUGUAAAACCCAGCAUAUUUAAAUUUACUCAAUUAGUUAGUAGUAAUAACAAAACAAGUAUUGUAAAUAUAUGUAAUUUUUUUGUACAGGCAAAUAAUAGAAGAAACCUAUUAAUCAAUGAUAAUGUUUAACUCAUAACCGUAGAAUCACUGUUGUAACCACUAAUCAUCUGCAUUUCCAUAAUGUAUCUAAAUAACUAGAUAAACAGCUUCUUAUAUCUAUUAUUAUUCACAAUAUUGUUAUACGUGAACAUUCUCCAUAUUUCUUGAGCUAUUCUUGGAUUGUUAUUGAUAUUGGCUACCUUGUAACGAUGAUCACACGCAUAAAUAUUUUAUUUAAUUGUAUGUAUUUGUUUGACGAGAUGCUUUGUUGCAUAAGUCUAAACAAAUUUCUGUUCUGUUCUGUUCCUAAUGCCAAUUUAUGUGAAAUAUGUUCUUGUUAGAAAAUCUUUAUUAUACCAGUUUGAAAAAAGAUAUAUAUGUUGUGUGUGCAUAGUUUCAAUUAUAAUUUCCAAAUAUUACCUUCAAUUUUUAAUUGUCAUUUCAUAUCUCACGUUUUUUUAAUGGUUAGAAUCAUACAUGCAUAAGCUGCAACAAGUAGAACCUAUUACAAGAUGAGAUUAUUUAUAUCUAGGAUUCAUCCCAAAAACAAUGAACAUGAAGUUCCGGGGAAAACGGUUUUGCUGAUAUGCCAAAAGAAAACCCAAACAUUUAUUUAUAAAAAAGCAAACAAUUCAUUGAUAUAAUUGAAGCUGUGAGCUUGUUAUAUUUUAGGACUGCUUCGGGCUUGUUUUUCAAGUUUAAAUUUGUAUGUUGUUUUUAAAUAUACCAUAUGCGUGUACAUAAUUUGUGUUUGUAAGAAUAUUCCGAUUAGUGACGUAAUGAGAAAAUAAUCAAGCGAUAAUUCCUUAUUAUGUUUUAUAACAUUUGGAAGCGUCGACAUUUAUUUCUGGUCGGAUUAUUUCGUUUGGACCAUUUUUGACAGCAACAUAAAAAUACAUUAUGUAUAAAAACUCACAUUUCAAGCAUGAUUUAGGAUGUCUUAUAUGUAAAAGUGUUUCGUUGUUUUCAAUGAUUAUUUUAUUCUAUAUUUAUAUAUCAUUGAGGUACACCGGGUAAUUCAGCUUUUUGGUGUUCUUCACCCAAAUUCACGAACAUUUACCUAGCAGUUUUAAAAGUUCUCCAAAAUCCUUUUGACAUGAUAUUGCAACACCUGUUCCUCAACAUAUUCUCCGAGUUUCAAGUUGCCUUAAACAUUUAAUAUAUAGUUAGUUUGUGGCUACUGGAUUUAGCCCCGUUGUUCAUAUUUUGUAUUUGUAUCAUACAGUAAUGCUUAUCAUUCUGUCGCUAUAAACUGUUGAACAAGACUACUCCACUGUAGAAAUAAAACCAAAUAUAUAUUGUAAUACCUUGCUUUUAUCAUUGUUCAAUAAAUAACACUGAAUUC